AUGACGGAGCUCGAGAGCGACGAAGCGGCUGAGGUUAUCGACAAGCCCGGGGAGGUGGCUCCAGUAUCGGGGCUCGUGCUUCAGACGGAUGACAUCACUGUGGCCGAUACUGACCAUCCUGACCAGAGACACCGUGUUGGUCGUAAGCGUGACAACUCGCACUCGUCAACCGAGUCCAAACUGGAGGCACCGCCAAGAAGAUCGUCGCUGAGAGCAUCGUCUGGACACCGGCCAUCGGUGACUGGGUUUGUCUUCAACGAGGUUUCCACGUUUUACGAUGUGUUUGGGUUCUUGGGAGUGCCCAUGAUGAUCGUCUUCGUGCUGUCGGCCAUCUGGACGUUCAUGCUCGCCUACAUCCAACUGCAUGCAACCGAGAUGGCCAAUUCAGUCAUGAAUACGACAAACUUCGACAACGGUGAGUUCUGGCAGCUUCCUCGCCCCGACGAGUCAAUUGUGAUCUCUUCUGCUGUCAUGCUUGCGUUGUUUGGAAUCGGCUACACGGGGUUGGUGGGUUUGAUGCUCUUCUUCUAUCGCCGUACACCCAAAAGAGAGGAAAUAGGCACUGAUAAUGACAACUCGGACGGCGCUACGAAUGCGGCUGGUGACGUUGGUGAAAGUACAACCAUUGAGGCUCGAAUGGUGAAGAACAUCAAGUUUCAUGCAUUCGCUGUGUGGGUGAACAGCGUCCCGAAGGACAUCCGCGAUCACUAUAUCACAGCUGCGCUGGAUCUUCCCAAGCUAAUCUUCCAGACAACAACGCUCUUCACGUACCUUGACCACGGAUUUCCUGCUCCCCUCGUAUACUCAUAUUCAGUUCUUCUACUAUGCAACUGGUUUGUGGCCUGCUACCACUCCCAACGUUACGUAGUCGAUCCCAACCUGAUCAUCGCUCGACUCUACUACACCUACGACCUCUUCUUUGCCGUGUUCGCGCCGCUGGUCGUUCUGAUCUACUUCAUCCAAACGUUCGAGUUCAACCGCGCCGAGUUCGCGACCAAGAUGGAGACAAUCCAGGGCGGAUCCUUCGACACCGUCGCUCGGCUCUUCGGAGACCCGUCACAGAUCUCGAGUUUCUGCAAUGCGUUCCACUACUUGCAGUUCUCGUCGGGGUCGUCGCUGUUCUUCAAGUCUGCGCUCAACUUGAUAUCGCUGUACAAAUGGCGCAAGAUCAUCAUGACGCUGAUCCACAACCACCACGAGCGCCGAGUCGAGCGAGAGCGCAAGGCGCAGGUGCAGCCGCUACCAGACGAGAGCAAGCCGCGAGGACGAGCGCAAAGCAUCAAAGCUGUUGUGGUCAAGAAGCUCGAGGCGUCAACGUGGAAGCCAAAAAUGGGGAGGCAUUUCGCCGCGAAGGUCCUGUUGGCGUUGAUCUUUUUCGUCACGGGCUCUGCGAUUUUCGUGUAUUCGAUUGGAUCGGUGCAAUCGAGUAAAGCUGUGUGCAGCAAGUUCGACAAGUGCGUUGUGGCAAGCCAUCGGUGGAAUUAUGGCGCAGAUCACUGUCCGUGCCUGGUAUUCGCCGACCGACAAACUGCGCCUCGUACAUUUGCAGAGUGGACAGAUCCUGUCGAUAUUAGCUCGAAUCUUGCCGAGUUAGCCUACGCGGGCGAGUUGCGUAUCGUCCAGAUCAUCAACCGCGCCGUACCAGAACUACCAGAGGAGCUACGAAAAUGCCAUAAUCUUGAGCAGCUGAUUUUGAUCUACACGAAGACGUUGCGACUUCCCGAGUGGAUGUCGGAGCUAUCCGAGCUGGAGUAUCUUCAUUUCGAGGGCGACUACACCAGCAAGAGACUGCAAGUGGUGCCCGCAGGGAUCUUCGACCACAUGCCGCACCUGACUUUCAUCCACUUUGGCGGCAUCCCGGACGUGGAGGAGCUCCCGUCUUUCUCUUCGCUCAAAAACCUUCGGUAUCUGGCGCUGGCCAUUCUGAACUCGCUCAAAGAGAUGCCGAGCUUUGAAGGCCUCUCGAAGCUGGCGGAUUUGAACAUCGUGGAAGCGACGCGGAUCAAGACGCUUGCGUCGCUGACCCCUCUCGUGAGUCUGAAAUCGCUCGGGAUCCGCUAUCGAACGGGAGUAUGCUGCAAUGGGUUUAUCACGGGAACGUGUGACACCACCUCGUUCCAGUGCUUGCCCAAAGCUGGCGAGCCGUACCCCAUGACGUGCGUGAGCGAGCGGGUGUCCGACGCGGACAAAGCGAUCCUGGACCAAUACGACGCGACGGCGAUCUGCCCGAACGGGUUUCCGUACGACUUGGAGGCAGCCGCUCCGACCAAGUACACGUCGGACGACCUGUGCGGCAGUACGCUGUACAAGGAGUGCUAUUUGAACGGGGUGCAGGGCAUCUGCUACAACACGCGUAUGAUGGUGAUUAGCUGCGUGACGCAAGCAGCCUACAUCACGAUGCGCCAGCUUCAGAUCGAGCGCAAGGUUGGGGAUGCUUGCGACGUGACAGUGGAGGCAUGGCUCGGCUGCAAAUAG